GUGACACUGAAUAAAAUAACAUUAGGAAAAAAAUAUAUAAGCAUAUAUAUCUAUUCUUUUUUCUUUUUUAUUUUUAUUUUUAUUGUUAUUAUUAUUUAUACAUGAUGCAUUCAAUUUCAAAUUGUCCCUUACGAACAAUGGCUUUAAUCAAAGUCAAUCAUGAAGAUAUCAUUACUUUUGCCUCUCAAGAAAUGACAGACUUAUUUCAUGGUCAAUCACUUGUCAACCAAAAUAUAUUUGAUAUUUGGACUUUAUCUUCAACAGAACAACAACAAGAGCAGGUAGUGACCUUAAAAGAUAAAAGAACACUCUGUAUUUGUACACAUCAAGAACAGGCGAUGCGUAUUAUUCUUUGCUCAGAUAUCAGUCAGCUCAGUCAGAUAUACCACUACCAACAACCAAUGGAAGGUCUGAUCAUUUCUCGCCUUACCAUGUAUGGUACCAUUGAUGGCCUGUUUCAACCUGGGCAAGAUAGUCUCAGUAUAGGUCAGCCGAUAAUGCGGUACAUUCAUCCAGAUGAUGUCCAGACAUUUUGUGCUGGUCUAAGCCAGGCCACAAAAUACAACCAACUGGUUCAUUUUCAAGUCAGAUUGACGAUUCAAGACCCUCCUCCUUGGUCUGCAUUCACAGUGAUGGCCAUUGAAGAUGGCAAAAUACUCUGCUUAAUCCGACCUGAUAGUGACCAAGAUAAUGCGGUGAUACAGACUCAUUCUUAUUACCUAGAAAGGGUGACACACAUUCAGCAAAAGUUUUGGUAUGCAUUAGAACAUGGUAUGACUUUGAUUGCCCAGCAUUUGGCCACCAGUUUAAUGGUCGUCAUUCAAACCUUGUGGUGUUUAUGGCACUAUGACACAAAGUCACUGAUUCUCUUAUCUGAACACAUGCUGAGAAAAGCAGUGGAUGCAGCUAAAGAACGACCUGAAAUCAACCGUGUCUGCCGUAUGAUGAGUUGGGUUGGUAUUUCACCUACCACUUCAAAAUCAUUUAUAGACAACACACUGGAUCAUACAACAGAAUGGUUCGUUUCCAAGGCUUGUACAAAAUACUACUAUGAUAUGCUUGUUUGAUACCCUCCCCCCUCCCUCUUUUGCAUA